AUGACGUUUUCUCAACUACAAGAUGAAUUGUUUGGUAUGAUAUUUUGGGUUUAUUCUGGACUUGCCUAUUUACACAAGUUAACCUACACCGAAGUGUGGGCUCGACAAAGUACCUUUCGUGAUUCUCUAUGUCAGAUGAAAUUCGAUUUAGCCAAAAGUCUACUCAUAAAACGUGGAAUAAAAAGAAGUCAUGUAGUAGUAUCAUUACAAGUUCAACGACAAACAGAAGAACAACAAAAUCAAGGUUAUGAAAAUGAUGAUGAACAACAACAACUUUAG